UGGAGGGGGGGUAGUGUGCGUUCCAGUUAAUUGUUGCACUGUGAAAUACACUUUUUUUCUGAGUUUUGUUCAGUUAAACCCGGGAUUAUUUCCCAGCCGUUUAUGCCCGUUCCCCACCCCCACCCCUCGGCGGGGUUAACAGAGCCCGCCCUUCUCUCCCCAGCAGCCUCCGCCUCUCUUCCCUGGUCUGUCAUCCACACCGCUGUUGUUGCAGCCAUUUUACCGUGGAGCGUCGGCAGGCACAGCGACCACCGGAGGAUGCCGAGGGAGCACCGUUAAAAGAAUUCAAGUCAUGGCUUAUGAGGCACAAUGUUCCACGGUCGGCCGGCCAUUGGUGUUUGCUAAUGAAGAGCGGAGGGCUGUUCAUUCCUGGUCCCGGAUCUCAUCAGCAGGACAUAAUGUCCUCCUAGAUGCUUUGAAGAUUCUCAGCCCAAUGUCCCGUGACCUUUCAAGCACUGAGGAGCUUGUCACCUUCCUGCAGGAGCUAAGUGAGGAGGGUCACAAGCCCACCGUGCUUCGCAGCAAGGAUGUGUAUGACUACCGGUCGUGCACAAGCCAACCCCUGACUGAGGACAUGCUGAGACCACCAAACAGGAAUGUCAAACCCACAGCUAAGAGGCGGAGGAGAAGGCCUCUGACCAAGAAGAGGGAAGUUCACCCAUCCUGGAACACCUCUGAGAGGAGCAACCCCAGGAUUCAAGGCAUUCGCCCUCCAGAACCAUUGGUGGACCAUCGCAUUAUCGUUUGUAGCAGGACACCCAGUCGGAUUGUGGCAAAUUCAAAUGUGGACAUGCAGCCGUGCCUCAGACUGACCAGUAUUGAAGGUCUAUCUGGCUUCCACACAGCCAGACUCCAAAUCCACACUACUCCACACUCAUCCUCUGAGGUGGCCUCUAGUGGCUUUUUACAGCAACAGUACCCGCCAGCGAUUUCAGGAAUACCUUCUCAGCCUUCUCAGAACGGUGGCGGGGCACCCACCAAAGCUGUGGCCUUGUUCAGCCAGAAGACUCUGUCCUGCCCUAUCCGACUAGAUGGUGCUCUAAUUGGAGACUCUGCACCGGUUUUGUAUGCUAAUGGUCGGGCAUUCCCACAGACUGACACAGAGCUGACCAGCAACGGCUGGAGGAGCAAUGGUCUCCAUAGAGACGUUCAUGGCCCCAAGGAUCUGAACAACCCAACCCGGCAGAGAAAUAGUUGGAAGGACAAGAAAAGUCUUAGAGGGAAAGUGAUAAAGGUAGAUGACUCUCGGUCUGUGGAAGAGGCCUGCAGAAAAGCGCAGAAGAUACUACAGGUCAACCUUUCCCCAGUGAUUCAGAUCCAACCUCUCAACCAUGUGCUGAGAGGCUUCAGAUACCAGAACAAGUGACAAUUCCUGUUUCUUUUAGCAGAUUUUAGUGUUUUACAGUAGCCUCCACCGGGAGGUAUCCGGUGUUGAAGAUUGACAAGAUGUUGAUCUGUUUGUGGAACUGCUGGUUCCUGAUGGAGACAUCUGGGAUUUAAAGGCAUUUGAAGUUAGGUGGUAUUUUCCUAGCAGGCUGGGAAAUGAUUAUUGGCCAAAUGCUGGUACAUUUUCACUGUUGAUGUUUGUUUAUGCUACGCAACACUUCAAGCAAACAUCCUUCUUUGCUUUGAGUUGUUUGGGACAUAAGUGAGCUUGUACCAGAAUCAGCACCUUUACGGUGUAGAGUAUUUAAACUCAUUUGAAGUAGAGCGCCAUUUUUUUUAAUUUAAAUAUAAAGGUUGUUUCGUCUUUCUUUUUUGUUUCCAACUUGCUAUGUCACUCUGCAACACCACUGGAAAGAAGGAAAAAAGUGAAGCUAGUGCUGAGAUAACCACCGCUGUUUAAUUUCUAUAAAUAAACUAAAUUAAAGGAGGGGAAUUGUAUCUUCCUUCUGUGAAGUUUUUGUUUCUGCUGGAAAUCAGGACGGUGUUCUGUGCAUGAGUACAGCAUUGAACCAAACAUUUAAAACUAGAGACCAUCACAAAGUGUUCCUUAGGUUUAGAGAAUCAGUAAACAAAAAUAAAAUGACCAUUAAAUAAUCUUUGUCUUAAAAUGACAAAAUAUGAAUUGGUUGAAGAAAAUAAGUAUGGAAGAGUUCUCAGGUCUUGUUAUCAGUCUUUUUGAAGGUACCGGUUAUGGUGAUAUCCAGCUUCAAAGUUUAUUCUAACUUUGCAUGGUUCACAGUUCAAAAUAAUAAAAAUAAUUGAGUUAUUUAUUACACUGAGCAUUUGUGCACUAUCUGAAACCAUCCAGUUUACCUUGAUGGUUUGUAAGCCAUCUUUCUUCUGAUUGGCUGCCCUUCACAUAGUUGGCAAAACUAUUACCCACUUACAUCUAACUUACUGUGAUAAAGCCAGCCAAAGCUGGGUUGGAGAUGGCCUUAUAAGGACAUCCUCUCUCACUUACAUCACACAAAGCCAAGAGUAGAGUCAUCUUGGUGCACUGGGAUUAAAGGGAUAUUUUUAUUUUAUUUUUUUAAUGUUUGGUUAAAUUGAUCAUGUAAUGGUGUAAACCUAUAAUAGCAAAUGAGAAAAAGCAUAAUAAUUCCACACAGAUUUCUGAUAGUAAAAAACUUCAAGCUUAAAUCUCAAUAUUUUCUCAUGUUUUCUAAAUUUAAAACCCAGGUUAUACAACUUGAUUUAUAAUUUUUAAUUAAUAAUUUCAUUUCCUCUACUUAGUGCGUGGCUCUGGUUUAUACCCAUGAGUUAAAACUAUUUCACAUGAGGGGAAAAAAAAAGAAAAAAUAUCCAAUGCAUGUACUCAGGAUCAGCUGCUGCUCCAGUUUCCUGUUUUCCAGUACCUAACAGGCAGAAAACAGAGAGGAGUCCUGAUGGAACACAUUUGUUUGACUGAGUUGGAGACAUUUGUGGUGGAGUGUGUUUACUUGAGUGGCAGGGCAGUUUGUUUCCUGUCCAGUGUUACAGCAAGUUUGAUCUACUACCAGAACUCAUGUUCUGUAUUUUGUUGAGCUGAAUUUGCCCAAUUGUUUUUUUUUUUUUUGUUUUUUUUAAACUUCCCAGCUUUGAUUUGAGUGAUGUCGCCCACCUUCUGACUAAACAAAAUGCACUUUGACAGUGUGCCAGUGCUUUACUGUCACCUGUUCCUGACAUGGAAGUCUUUAAUGGUCUUUUCCGCUGCUUCAUUUAGAAGAUAUCUGAAAAUCUGAUUUCUUUUAACUCCAUACUGGUUUCCUCUACAGGUGCUAAUCUUCCAAAGGUGGUGCUGAACAAAAAGAUUAGCGCAACAUAGUUUCUCGUCUUCUUAGUCAACUUGAUGCAUUUAAGAGCAGGAACUUCCGGUUGAGGAACUGAUAGUUCGUCUGCCGGUUGGGAUGAGCACGCCAAACCGCCUUUUGUGCUUUCCAAAGGGUUUCUACUGUGAACAAGUAAGGAAUCUGUUUUCAUGUUAGUUGUGACAAACAUCUGUAUUUCCCUCCAGAAAUCCACAUUCCACUAGACAAAUAUUGUUGCGUGCCAACUUAAAAAAAAAAUAAAAAAAUUAAAAAAAAAUCAGUUUGAUAUACAUAAAAGAUCUUAAAGUCAGUCUCCAUAGAUUUUCUGAAGCUUUUAGUGAACGCAAGACCAUUAAAUGAAGCUCUAAAUCCAGAAAAUGUAACUUAAAUUCCACUGUCUGCCUGUACAAUCCCAAGAAAAUAGACAAAUUUAAUCUCCAGCCCAGUAAAUAAUGCCUGUCUUUGGAUUUCCAAAACACUGAUGUUCAAAUGCUGUUUUCUUAUGUGGGAUCUGUAGCAGAAAGAGCACAUUAAAUUUGAUGAUUGAUCUAGCAAUAUGUAAUUUAGGUUACAAAGUAAGAUUGAGGAAUUGGAAACAUCCCCACGUUGUUUGAACUGAGACCACAUCUGCUGUCUGGCGUCUGUCUUUGCAGAUUACCCACAUCUGUCCUGGUGAACUUUUUGUUCUGGGAGUCUGGUUUGUUGUACCCCCUCGCAAUUGGUCUGUCUUGCUCAUGCCCUUUUCUAGAUCUGCUUUCUGUUAGUCUUGUUUGUGCAACACUUGUAUAAUAUUGUAUUUCCUACAUGAACUUUGAAAAAUGUUUUUGUUCAAUAAAACUGAUCUGAAAUGUA